CAAGCCAUAUGUAUCAUAUGCAUAUGGACAAAUAAUAUAUAUGUGUGUGCGUAACAUAGCUAGGUAGAUAGAUAGAUAGAAUUGAAUGGUGACCUCAGUUCAGUUUGCAGCGCCCGAUUUUGGCUUAUUUCUCAUAGUCAUAGCUAGCUAGCUAGCCUCUUUUGACAUCAUGCAGAUGCAGCAGCAACAAGAAUCGCCGUUCAUCAUCAAGCUAUAGAGAUCCAGAGCUUUCCUUAAUUUCUGUUUGCCGAUCGAUCGAGCUAUGGAAACGGCAGGCAAGGAGGUGGGGUCGACGGAAGGUGGCGGUGGCGGUGGCGGUGCAGCGGCGGGCAACGACGGGAGCUCGACGAGCAGUAGUACGGUGGAGGAGGAAGGGGCCGAGCGGCGCACCUCGUCGUCGUCGUCGGUGCGGCCCUACGUCCGGUCCAAGAACCCCCGCCUCCGCUGGACGCCGGAGCUUCAUCUCUGCUUCGUCCGCGCCGUCGACAGGCUCGGCGGCCAAGAUCGUGCAACUCCCAAGCUCGUUCUUCAGUUGAUGAAUGUUAGAGGGCUUAGCAUAGGUCAUGUCAAGAGCCAUCUCCAGAUGUAUAGGAGCAAGAAGAUCGACGAGUCUGGCCAGGUGAUAGGAGGAGGUUCAUGGAGAGAAGAACACCAGUAUGUUCAUCAUGGUCAUGGGGGACAAGCGUACAACGUUGGCCAUAUUUCGUUGCCUGCUCUUCUUCAUCAUCGCCACAUCACUGCUGGCUCCGGUACCAGACCCAGGUUUGGCAAUGCAUGGUCCCCAUGGAGAUGUCAUGCAUCAUACUGGACUCAUGCAGGCCACCACCUGUUUGUUGGAUCAAAACCCUAUUACCCACCACCAGCAGCAGCUGAAGCUCAUGAUGCAUUCCAUACUGCCAGCAGCCACCUUCCAGAUUUUGUAGUCCAAGGCUCUUCAAACCAUCAAAGAGCAGUAGUACUGAAAGAGAUAAUCUGCAAUGAGGAUGAAGGAGAAGGUCCUCAUCUUAAUCUCGAUCUAUCCCUCAAUAUUGCUAAUGCUGGUCCGCGUCGGGAGAAGAGAAAGAGAGAAUUCAGUUUGGGGAAGAAACAUAAUGAGGAAGAUCAUGAUAAUCAUACUGGUAUUAUUGGUGGUGAUCAAGAAGAAGAGAGUUGUGCUACUGGGCUCUCUCUUUCUUUGUUCUGAUCGAUCGAUCUCCCUCUUCAAAUUAUAAGAUGAUGAGAGGACUAGUCAGUCCUACCAGCUGGCCUGCCUGGUGAACUGGUGAUAUAUCGACUAGCUAGAUCAUGUCAUCGUGGCUAUUUGAUAAUUAAAUUGAAUUAGGGAAAAACCAUGCAACAAGGACUAGUACUCUACAUCUCACCAUAUGACUACACUGUGGUGAUAUCUUGUGGUACUUAUCCUUUUAUGC